AUGUACCGACCGCGUCAUAAUGAGCAUGUUUUUAUUUUCCAUCAGUACUGCAACGGUGGCGACCUUGCGGACUACCUGCAAGCAAACAGGCUGCUGAGCGAGAACACGAUCCGUAUCUUCCUGCGGCAGCUUGCUGAAGCGAUGAGAGCGAUUCACGCUAAAGGCAUCGUUCACCGCGACCUCAAGCCGCAGAACAUAUUGCUCACACACAACGUCGCGCCGCCACGCACGCCCCACCCUGCCGAGAUCACGCUGAAGAUCGCGGACUUCGGCUUCGCAAGGUUUCUCGAAGAGGGCAACAUGGCUGUCACACUUUGCGGCUCCCCAAUGUAUAUGGCACCUGAGGUGAUAAUGUCAUUGAAGUACGACGCUAAAGCAGACCUCUGGAGCUUGGGCACGAUUGUGUACCAGUGCCUUACGGGCAAGGCACCCUUCCAGGCUACUACUCCGCACGAGCUUAAAGCCUUCUACGAGAACAGCGUCGAUCUGCAGCCCAAAAUGCCAGCGGGCACGAGUCCAGAACUGUGUAAUCUACUAAUUGGUUUACUGCGACGAAGCCCACGCGAACGUAUGCCCUUCGAAGUGUUCUUCAACCAUUCGUUUUUACAACGUCCACGGUCUACUUCUAUUACGACAGGGGCAAGUGGCGGGGCGUGCGGUGCAGCGUGCAGCGCGGGCGGUGCCAUGGCGGCGGCGGGGGCGGGGGCGGGGACCGGGGCAGCGGCAGGGGCAGGGGGAGGGGGAGCUCGGUCGGCCGCCGCGCCGCGUCCGCAGAUGCCCGCGCCGCAGCCCACCCAGCCGCACGCGCUCGCCAAGAAAGCGCCCGUCUCCUCCGCGGAAUCGUCGGACACGACGUGGGCGGGGGAAGAGGACUUCGUGGUGGUUGAGGCGACGGACAGCGGGUCGGCGGAGUGCUCGGGGCAGUCGUCGAGCUCGGAGGCGGCGCCGCGGCCGCGGUCGCUGGCGCUGCAGCCCGGCCCCGCGCCCGCCGCCGCCUCGCCCGCCAGCCCCGCGCCCGCCGCGCCCGCACCCGCCCCCGCACACACGCAGCCCGCCACACUACGGAAUCCAGGCAACCUUACAUCAAAUGUGCCCAGGUCGCAGCCAAUCGACGUGCUCCGAUCAAACAACAGUCGAAACACGACUAACAUCGGAUCACUCUCUCCGCCUUCUAUGCCGUUCUCGAUGGGCACGCCGCCGUCGACGCGGCGCCGCAGCGCGUCGGGCAGCUCGCCGCCGCCGUCGCUGUGGCAGGUCUCGCCCACCAACGCCAGCCCGCUCCGCAGAUCAGGGUCGUCGCCGCCGGUGUCGCUGGCGCUGAAGGCGAGCGGCGAGGCGGCGUCGCCGAAGCGCGGCGCGCUGCCCGACGCGCUGCUGCGCGGCCUCAAGCUGCACCAGCCCGACCCGCCCGUCUACAUACCCAACCUGCAGGAGGACACCAUACUCGCGGAGGAGCAUAGCAAAGUUUUCUCUCAGUUGAACUUCGUGCUUAUGCUCGCAGAACUAUUAUCCGAUCUUGCCGUCUCAUGCGGAGCCCCUAUCGCAGCUCUCAUGGACACAUCAGAUGGUAACUGUCUCAAAUUGCUUUUCUUUUUAAGUUUUGACUUUCAGUGA